ACGGACACUCCUAUAGCUACGGGCAAAACAAGGGACGGUCAGCUGACGCACGUUGACGCUGCGUUGACAUUUUGGCACAUGUUUUUAAAGUUCUGAGCUUAAAUGGCCGUAUUAUUCCUAUUUCGACCUCGCACUCAAUGCCUUUGAGUUGCGGCAUUCUGAUUGUGUCGUAGGCAGAUUUCAACUGCUCAAACGAAUCAUGAAUAAUGAGCUUCAUCUCUCUGAGGAUUCUGACGACGGCUCAUCACCUUCAACCCCAGAAGAUGGUACAAUCAAAGGAAACUCAGAAGAAGAAAAGUCUACCUGUGCGAAUGACUCAAAGGGAUCUACAUCUAAGUUCACAUGUGAUGUAUGUGAUAAGGCCUAUAGGCAUAAAUCUGAUAUGCUCCGUCAUCGACGUAGUCAUGUUGAAUCAGUUGUAAAAUGCUCUCAAUGUCCAGCAUCUUUUCCUACUGAGAUGUCUCUAAAGAAGCAUGCUGCAGCAAAGCAUAGCAAUGAAAGUCGUGACUUUGGUGACCAUUUUCUUGCACAACUAGUUCUUCCAGGUUCUAAUGCCGACAGUGAAGAUCCGCCUUCACCUGAGCCUAAAUAUGAGAAUAAAGCAGCUGCAGAUGCUGCCAAAGGAUAUCCAUGCAGUCCAUGUGGGUUGAGAUUCAGAGACAAAAGAGCUCUUGACCGUCACAACAAGAUGCACACUGAUGUUGAGAAACUCAAAGGGUACCCCUGUAACCAGUGUGAGGAGCGUUUUAGAGACAAAAGAGCACUGGAACGCCAUAUCAGACAGCACUCUAAACCUUAUAUGUGCAUUCAAUGUAGGGCGCGAUUUUCAACUGAUGAAUUAUUGAAAGAACAUGAAAGCAAGCAUGAAGAUUUAAAACAGUACAAUUGUGAAAAAUGCAAACAGGUUUAUUCAAGUGCUCGUAAUUUAAAGCGCCAUAUGCAGAUCAACCACUCAAGUGUGAAACAGUUAAGCUGCCCAGUGUGCAGAAAAGACUUCCUUUCUGAUCAGGACCUAACCGCUCAUAUGAAAAAACAUGAAGAGACUACCUGUAAUCAAUGCACUGCCGUUUUUGAUACAGAAGAAGAACUGAGAAGUCAUGUCUGCACCAUGCAAUGUCACUUUUGCAUGGAGUUGUUCGCAUCCAAGACAGCUUUGGAAGAUCAUAUGCUUAAUCUUCACGCAGCAGAACUAGAGGAAGAGAGGAGUGAUGAUUAUCGGAUGGAUGGAGAUGAUGAUUUUGAAGAUGAUGAUGAUGACGAUGAUGAUGAUGAUGAGGAUGAUGAUGAUGACAGUAAUGAUAUGAGGUUUGAACCUAAAUUGUCGAUUGUAGAGGACAGUGUUGAUAAUAUGGAAAUCGCUGAUGAUGAUGAUAAUGAUGAAGAUGAAGAUAUGGUGAGAACACCAGAGGAUGUUAACUCCGAAGAAGGAUCUGAUAUGGAGAAUGGAAUUAAUGACUUCGAUACUAGCCCUCAAGAUGACACUCCUUUAUGUAUUGCAUGUGGGACAUCAUUUCAUACUACAAAAGACUUAAAAAUCCACAUGGUUGAACAUGCAAGAAAACGUUCUUUUGGUUGCCUUAAAUGCAAUAAGAACUUUACAACGAUGACAAACUUGAGACGCCACUUACAACAUCAUGAGAAGAAUACUUGCAAAAGAUGUGGUCUAUUUUUCAUUCAUGCCAAGUCUUUGGAAAUACAUGAUUGUGGAUACACACCUCAUUGUAAUAUUUGCAACAGGCCAUUCAACUCAAAGCGUGAAUACCGUCUUCAUAUGUCUACCCAUGGAAUAAUUGAAGAAGAAGACAAGAAUGAGUGCUAUAAAUGUGCUGACUGUGGCAAAACAUUUGCCAAAUUCAUGAAUUUCCGGGCUCACCGGGCUAAUCAUACUGGCGAGAAGCCUUUUGUGUGUCGAGAUUGUAGUGAAGGAUUUUUAUCUGCAACUGCUUUAAGAAUUCAUCGCCGCUCUCACACAGGGAAAACUUACUUUAGUUGUCCAUUAUGUGAUGCAACUUUUGUCUAUGAGUUCAAGCUAAGGCAGCACAUGUUGACUCAUAAAACUGAUGAGGAAAUGCCAUUUCAUUGCCCCCAUUGUCAACAAGGGUUUGUGGCAAAAUCUGGUCUCCUUCGCCAUGAAGUUGUUUGUCAGUCACAAUCAUCUGAAGUAAAUAAAGAAGAAAGUGCUGAAGCUAUGCGUAGGCAAAGAAUGUACAACAGAAGCAAAGUUGGCAAAAACCCUAACAAGAAGUGUCAUGAAUGUGGAGAAACUUUCUUACGAUAUGAUCAAUUCCUUUUGCACAUGAGAACUCACAAUGACAAGGCAGAACUCCCAUUACAGUGCUCAUACUGUCCUAAAGGCUUUGUUCAUGAAUAUAAUCGCAAACAACACGAGAGGUUUUGCUCAAAACGCUCUGCUGAAGAAAGGGAAGAACGUCUCGAGAAGGAAAGGGACUACAACUUGUACAAAACCUUCAAAGGCCAAAAAGUAUUCAAAUGUCCUGAAUGUAAGCAAAUGUUCCGAUAUAGGCACAAAUUUGUUUUGCAUCAAGAAACCCAUAAAAGUGAUGGAGAAAAGAAGUAUCAUUGCUCUCUUUGUGGUGGUGGAUUUGUCUCUAGAUCGGGGUUGAAGAGGCAUGGAAUGCAUUGUGAAAAGCGAUCCCAACUAGAAAGGGGACAGCGGCAAGAGAAGAAGAAGCAAAAAGCAAGCAUGCUUAAACACUCCAGAAGUAGAUCGAAAGGAGAAGAAAAAAGUCUGUGGUGUGCUGACUGUGGUGGAGGGUUUACAGACAAGCAAGAACUUGCGAACCACAGACUUUCAUGUGUCAGAGCUAUGAUUUCAGGAAAGAAAAAAGUCGUGACUAAAACUGCUCUGAAAGAUUUUAAAUGUCCAAUUUGUACCAGAGUUUUCCAUUUUGCACACAUUCUGAAAUUACACAUGGAUGCCCAUAAUGGAAUAUUCCCAUACCAGUGUAAGAUGUGCUCAAGGGGAUUCACCCUGAAAUCAAGUUACCUUCUGCACAAAUGCCUCAAGGGGUCAGAGUCUGGUGAAAGAGAUGGUGAAGGAACCUCUUUGGAUUAUAUGGACGCAGAAAUGCAAAUGGACCCUGCUAUUAAACAAGAACCUUUAGAUGAGGAAGCUUAAAGUUCUAUGAACUGUUUGUAAAAUUUUUGCACAGACUUCUAGAUAUGCACCUAGAACAAGUUUCUUCAAUUUUUAAGCCCAACGUGUGCAAUGUGUGAUUUGUUAAUACACAUCUUUCAGUGCGUUAUUUCCUGAUUGAAACUUUCAAAUAUUUUUCACUGUUUUUUGUUCAUUAAUUUUAAAGAGAGUAAAAGGAGACUUUAAAGAGUCUAUCUUGGAGGAUUAUCUGUAACAUCAGAUUUUCUUUAUGUGCAAUAAAAAUAAAUAUUUUUUGUUGAUACAGAAUGUUAAUUUUAUGAUCCAGCUUUACAUAGUAUACAUUGUUUAAAACUUCUGAUAAAUGGUUGCUGAUGUGCCAUUUUUGUUUUUGGUUGUAUAACCUGCAUGUGUAAUUCAUUCUCCCAUGUUAGCUCUGGUUGUGUGAGUAGCUAUCCGUACUUCAGGCACUCAUUAUUAGAGUAUUAUUUUCCUAUCAGAGUGAUAGCUGCAUAAUAUGUUCCUGCUUGACAUGUCACUAUGUAAUUAUGUCAAAUGUGUAUUAACAAGUAUUGAUCCCGGUUAUUACGACAGUUCUUAAGACUGACAUUUGCAAUAAAUUCUUAAAGCUUGUAAUGUGAUGACUAAGUCAAUGUGGUGUUAUUACUUUCAAAUUUUAGUUAUGAUAUAUCUGUUUAUAUUUUUAUUUGAAAAUGUGUACAUUUUCUAAUGCUGUUUAUUUGUUUAUGUGAAUGUUUAAAUCACAAUAUUGUCCCGCACUUUCCACGUUGAACAAAACUAAUGGCCUGGUUUGUCCGGUUUGUCUGAGUGAAGAAUUUAGGUAAUUGCGUUUUAUACUUUUGGUAGGAACUGUUAAUGUUCAGAUUACCUUCCAGAAAGAAUAUCUGGCAGCUUUAGUUUUUGAAGUAAGUUUAAGAUGUUAUCCAUCAGUUUUAAGGCAUACAAAUUCAGUAGCUUGUUGAGUAUUGUUCUGAAUUAUAGGUCCUACAUUUAACAAUGCAGAAGUCCUUGUCACUCUGGGAUUUGUUAAUGUUAAACUAAUUCUAUUGAGACACAUGAAUAGAAUAUGAAUCUUUCAUUGAUAAACACGUUUCUUAAUCACUUUUUUUUCCUCAGGUAAAGUAUAGUUUCUGAUUUUAAAUCAAAAAAUUAUUAUUACCAAAUUCCUGUACUAAGUUGGAUGGGGACCAAUGUAUGAGCUUAUUCUUGAUAGUUGUUCUCAGGUGUAAUUAGGUAGUUAACAGUCUCCACCUAUAUUUUCAUCAAAGAACAAAUUUGUAGCCACAGCUCCUUUUUUUAUAAUGAAACUUUGUGGAAAUCGUGGUACUUUAAGGUUGUGGUGAUUUAUCUAGUUAAUUGUUGAACAGAGCUCAAUUGUCCUUACAAGAAAAAUUUAGAGUAAGCCAAUUUUUACCAAUAAACAUUUUGAAGAAAUCCUA